AUGGUUUUCCUUUUUCACAGAAACUUUCUUGGGGGAUGGCCAGCCUUUAUCAUUUCCUUGUUGUUCAUUGCAGGUCUUACUGCUUUAGUGGAACAGGUACACAUAAACUGUAUUAUCUUGGCCAAAAGAUGUUUCUUCUGUAAUAAAAAAUAAAUGUAUUCAUUAACUUUGGGCACUUUGUUCACAAGCUAACAAGUCUUGCAUUUUAUUUUUCAGCUUGGUAAGCUUCUUGGUUGUGUAGUAGGGCUCAAGAACAGUGUUACUGGGAUCACAAUUAUUGCAAUUGGAACCAGCUUACCAGAUACCUUUGCCAGUCGCAGUGCUGCUUUACAUGACAUCGGAGCAGAUGCUUCUAUUGGCAACAUCACAGGUCAGUCCAUCAAUUUGCUGUGAAACCCAUCAAUGAAGGCUUGUAGUGCAUUUAGUGGUGUGCCUUUCAUCAAUUUAGUAGACUUGAAAGUAAAUGAAAACUUGACGCUUAAUACAACCUUGAUAAGGAAUCGUAAAAAUGCUGACAUAACAAUCUGACAAACUGAUCUUUCACAUCCAUAAUUAUCUUGAUUACUGCUGCCAUGUGAAAAUCUUCAAUCGUUUGUUUACUACAAACAAAACAGGUUGUUAAACAGGUUGUGUCAUCAGUAUUUGUUAAUGUCAAUAAAAUCCUUCCUUUGUAUAAUGGCCUCACUCAAGCAAGGGAAGUCUACUCUUAAAAGACAGUCGCCUGAAAGCAGUGUCAGGUGUGGUGGGCAUGUUGUGAUUGUUUUGAACAGAAUGACAAUAAUAAUUGUGUUUAUUUACACAUGUUCAUUUCGUUGCUCUCAGCUAGACUAAAAAUGCAAAACUAAGUUCUUCCUGGUCUUUUAAUAGAGGUAACCAUCACCCCUAAGAUGGCAUUGAUAAGUAGAGGCUAAUAAUAAUAAUUGUAAACAAUAAUAUUGUUUACAGCGAUUUGCUGACAACUUUUUGGGGUUCUAGCAAUUUGCCUCUAAACAAAGGGGAACCAAUUUUUUUAUCAACAUAGGUUUGACUGUAACCCAAUUAUGUUUUCUUUCCUGAGAGGUAAUUAUGUCCUAUUUCACAGGGAGUAACAGUGUGAAUGUGUUUCUUGGUCUUGGAUUGCCUUGGGUUAUAUCCACUUGUUACCAUGCAGUGAAGAAAACCAAGUAUAUUGUGUACAGUGGAAACCUAACCUUCUCUGUUGUGAUCUUCUCAUCGUUUGGACUGGUCUGUAUUUUGACCCUUGUCAUAAGAAGAUGGGUAAGUUCUCCUGCCAAAAAAUAUUUCGUAUUUCCCAUUCUCUUUGUAAACAUUCUUGUUUAAAACUGAAAGGUUUGAACGUGGGAGUCAUUUCAUAAGUAGGUUGAAUAUGAUUGUCGAGGUGAACAUAGUCCUGAAUAGGACUGUUGUUGUUGACAGUGUCCAGUCAUUCCCUGGACAACUGAUAAUUUGAGUAACAAUAAACAACUAUUUAACUGUGACAAUAGAUGGAUCCAAACACACCAAUGAUAUUACAAGUCUUCAUAGCCAAUAACAUCACAGCUUAACUGAUAGAUGACCAAUAAAAUCACGACUUAAUUGACCAAUCAGGUCAAUAACCAGAGUUUGAUACCAUCAACUGACAUGAUACAACUCACUUUGACUCUGAAGAUGACUCCUACACAGGUUGUCUAAAAUGUCAGUCAACAAAAAGAGUCCUAUUCAGGACUACGUUCACCCGAAUAAUCAUACUCAACCUACUUAUUUCUGGUUUAGUGAGGUGAACUUCUGAAGUGAACCUUUAUCUUGUUUUAACUAUUAGUGUAAACAACUACAUGUAAAGUAAAGCUUUCAGAAAAAUGUUAGCAAAUUAUUAAGUUUGUACUUACUUUAGUGUAGCAUUUCCCCUAGAGCAGUUCCCAUGUUUUUAUCCCAUUAAUUAAGCUCCUUUUCCUUUUCCCUGCUGUAAAUUUGUUCUAUUUAUUAUUAUUAUUUAAAUAAACUUAGUCGACUGAUUGUGGUCAUUCAUUAAUAACAGAUUGUUGCUACACAUUACUGAUUUAAUGAUAAUUAUGAUAAUUUCUUAGGUAAUCAAAGGAGAACUUGGUGGCUCAGCAACAUCAAAGUGCUUAACAGGCUUAUUCUUGGUGUUCCUGUGGUGUAGUAACAUUGUGCUGUCCUCACUUAUGGCUUAUGGAAUAUUGCCAGUGACAUUUUGA